AUGGGCGUUUGGGAUUCAUUCCACUUGGUUCCAACCACUCCGACCAGCUACGCAGAAUCGUCGUCUCAUUUGGCAGGUCCUCGUAAUUCCGCAUUUUAUCAGCACGACGUCUCUUCACUCGGGCAGAAAUACACAACUAGCAAACAAUUCGACGCGCUAGGAUCAUCGACUGCAUCCACUAGCAACAUCCCUACCAGCUUUACUGGUCAUAUCACGCUGAUCGACAAUAUGCACGCGGGUGAAUAUGACAAGAGUUCUGUCCCAGGUCUAAACCCUCUUGGGCAAGGAAAUCCAGGUGUUUUCGACACGCAUGAUGGACUAGUGGUUGAUCGGUGGCCCGGAGACGAGGGUUUAAAACGGAGUCCAAUGUAUCAGGAGGUAGAAGAAGCAACCCAGUCUCGCAUAUCCCGUCCAGCUUCGCUGAUGGCAUCCCCUGGGCGUGACAUUCAUAUGUCAAAUCCACCACCAUCCGACGCCCAUACGGACAAGCUUGAAGAUUGGUCAUGGCUUGGUGACUUACUCGAGAGCGAUGAGUGGAAUGCACUCGAAGCUCGAAAGAGCUCUGGCGUGCUCGAUGAUCAGCUCAAAACCUUAGAGAUGUCCGGAAAAGUUUCACCAGAACAUGGAUAUGCUCCUCAUCGCCAACUCUUCCAGGAUGACGUAUUCGAGACAUUGCCUGACCUACUUUCUAUACCAGCUUUUAACGAACAUAAUCAUGACUAUUUAUCAAGUGCCCACAUGUCCCUUUCAACGGACCCUCAUCAUGCGAUCACCGCGACUGGAUCCCCAGUUGGAAACACUGCAUUGUAUGAAGAUACAAAUUCAAUGUCCCUUCUGGAAUCUUCCUUCCCCCCACCGAUCUCGGUCCACAGCCUCGGUGGAGCUCUACAACAUGAAGACAUUCGGCCGAGUAGUUUCUACGAAGGCAUCACAGGGAUCAAGAGUGCCUCAAAAGCGCCCCAGGUGACGGGAGUCUUGACACCUCAUGAUCACAUCCAAAAAAAACCAGCCUUCUCGAACGCGCCUCGCACUGAGUUCUCGCAAUCAUCAUCAGACCAUCGCAUCCUAAAUGCAAAGCUGAUUCGCUCUCCCGAAAGUCAAGUGGGUCACAACCUGGGACAAAGUCACAACUUUGAAAACUUUCUUGAAUCUCAAACCUUUCACGAGGAAUCCAAAUCAAAUUCACAUGAUGUCUCAUCACAGUUGCAUCCCCUUUCGGUGAGUCCUCCAGUCUCAAAUGACCUUGAGAAUUUCGGAACGUCUUUCGAUCAUUUCACCCAUGGCAUUGACAAAGCAAGGCUCAGAUCGGUCUUCAGAAUCUUCGCGAAUUACAGCUCCCAAGACUCGCCAAUUACAAUCGACACACUUCUCCAUGAACUCAAUUCAUUACCACCAUUGGAUGACCUACCAAACUUUGACGAAUUCACAUUGGAUCCUCACAAGAUAUCUUCAUCUCUUUCUGAACAGAAUGGUGUCACGUCAGAAAGAAGCCCAAGUAGCUCCCUUGACAAUGAAGCACGGUCGCAUCUAGCCGAGAGUGAUAUCGAGAAGUCAGAUGAUAUCGCAGGCUCAAGACCCCUUGAAUGGUUAAAGACCGCAAGCUCAAGACCCUUCCAAUGGAGAAAGAAUGGGGACGAAUUGGAUCGGGAUACCUCAGCUAAAUCUGUCGUUGUGCUUCCGAGAAGCUCAGAUGAACAGGAUUUGGACCAAGACAAUCCAAUGACGACAUCUCAAAACACAAAGCCACCUUCUCAAGAUGCGUUGGCAAGCUCUUCAAAAUCAGGACAGCUCAAGGGCCCAAGUCAGACUUAUCAAGUCGAGUCUCAACCUUCCAAGAGAAAAAGUCCUCAUGAUCCCUUUUCAUUUGAUGAAGAUGACGGACCCAUCAGUCAAGUAAAACUGUCCUCAACAUCCGCAGAUACCAGAUUUCAUAAUGUGGACUCAUCCACUCGCUCCAGUUUGCCACGAUCCUGGCGACAAUCAAAGCCUCAGACUGUUCUUGAAUUUGACUCUGAGAGGAAUUCUGGCUUCGAAAAACCCCUCAAUACUAUAUUGAAGAAUCCUGUUGAUUUUGAAACACAACCUGUCAACUAUCGGGCCAAGAAGAAAUCUAGAAAGAACAAGGAUCUUCCUUCAAAAGCCACAUAUCCUCAACGAGAAUUCAACUUGGACUUCAACGCAAAUCAUGUUCAGAAGCUGGCUUUGAAUUCAAAAGACAAACCACGUUCACCUCGCGCUUUGAUUGAUACUUUCCAACCUCGGAUUCAAAAAUUCAAGAACCGAAUAUCGAAACGCGAACCCGACAAGGAUCAAUCGAAGCAUCUGACUGAAAAUUUGGGAAUCCUUUUUGAUAAUUAUCUGGAGAUGAUCGCCAUCUGUUCUGAAAUCGUUUCUCCGAAAGUUGGACAUACAAACUUGCAACAAGAUCUUCUUGAUGCCUAUAUGUGGCUCUCAGAAAAAUGGGUAAAGAUUCCAAAGACUAAAUUCUAUUGGUAUCCUGUUCGUAAAACGAAGUUUCCCCCCCAAAAAUCACAUGCGGACCAAACCUUCAGUACCAAGUUUGAUAGCCUGCCCGUAUACGAAGGCACCGUAUUUUGGUUGAAUCAUAAAUUAUAUAAUCCAAGGCGUGAACACGUCGCUGCCGAGUACGCGAUACGAUUCAUGCGUGAGAACCGAGAAGACUGGAUCGAACUUAUAAUCCGCCGGCCCGCAAAAGUAUUGACAAUCAGAGGGUUGUUAAGUUCAAUGAGAAAGGUACGGCCUUUAAAAUAUCCAGGGCCUGCCCGUUCGGAAUCGUCAAAACCGCGCUUAACCAGCCGAAAGAAGCGGCAAGGGGUUGUGUGA